UCAUAAAAUUACAAGACUGCCACUUGGUUCACUCUCCAUAAAGACUCUUCCUUUUUCGCCUCUCUCGCUCUCUCUCUCUCUCUCUCUACAACAAAGCUCGCCGCGUCCUUCUCUGGGUUUUCGAUCACUGCCUCACCAGAGAUUCCACCGUAACCUCUCAUCUGAAAUUCAGAGAACUUUUCGGUUAAUUCGAGAAUAAUGUCGGAGAACGACGCGAUCCCCGACGAGUUUCGCUGCAACCGCUCCGACGGGAAGCAAUGGCGGUGCAAGAGACGCGCUUUGGAAGGGAAGAAGCUCUGCGAGACUCAUACCUCGCAGCUUACUCAGAAGCGGGACAGGGAGAAAGCUGCUGCGUCGACGAAGCUCGCUAGAUCAAGAAACGGAGACGAAGCGGCGGCGUCUUCAGAGAUGGAGCCGAACGAAGGUGGGAUUAGGGAUUGUGAAUUGGGGAAACCGAAGAAGAGGAAGCGAGUGAUGGAGGAAGAAGAUGAAGCGGUGAGGAAAUUGCAGUUGGAUUUGAUUAGGAUGGCGUUGAAGAGAGAAGCUGAGAAGAAUAAGAAGAAGAAGAAGUCACCGAAGAAGGAGAAGAAGAAGAAGAAGAAGAAGAGUAAAGGGUUUGGUGGUUUCGUUGGGGAAGAGUUAACGAAGGUUCUUCCUAACGGCAUUAUGGCGAUUUCUCCACCUUCUCCGACUACAAGCGAUGUGUCGUCUCCUUGUUGUGAUGUUAAAGUAGGACAAGAAGUGAUCUCAGUGAGUAAAAGAAGAUUCAGGUCUAAGAACAUUGACCGUUUACCUUUUGGGAAAAUGCAGAUGGUUCCUUUCAAGGGAAAAGUGGUUAAUGCGAAGAAGAGGUGCCAUUGGUGUGGUACCAGAGGAUCUGAGGAUUUGAUUAGCUGUCUGAGUUGUGAAAGAGAGUUCUUUUGCCUUGAUUGUAUCGAGAAAAGGAACAAGGGAUCAAAAGAAGAAGUUGAGAAAAAAUGCCCUGUAUGCUGUGGAUCAUGUAGGUGCAAGUCUUGCUUAGCCACUAUGUCUGGAGUCACUGAAUGUAAGAAUUCUCGGAAUGUGAGGAGUGAUAUUGACAGGGUCUUGCAUCUACAUUAUGCUGUGUGCAUGCUUCUCCCAGUACUAAAAGAAAUCAACUCAGAAGACAAAGUAGAGGUCGAAAAUGACACAGAAACGACAGAUGAACAGCAAAUCCAUAGCUCUGAAGUAACCUCUGAUGAUCAACAACUCUGUUGUGACUCUGCCAUUGUUGAUUCUCAAAAAAAUUGCACCUGCAGCUCCUCUGUUCUCAGGAUGAGUUCUGAUCAAGACGGGAGUCAAGGGAGCUUAUCUAGAAAGGUUGGGUUAGUUAAAUACUCGAAUGGUAUAGAAUCUUGUAAGCCACCCUUAUCUGAUACUUGGGACCAAUCUCUAAAAGAAGCUCUAACGGAAUGCCAGCUGAAAGAUGUCAAAGGGGGCAGGAAUAACCUUUCCUUGAGAAGUCUAUACUCUCUGGAGCUGACAAGAAAGUUAGAGAUCAGUGCAGAAGAAAUAGUCAGUUGCUAUGAGUUGCCUGAAAUCUUAGAUAGAUACUUAAGAUGUCCGUUUUGUCCUGGAAGAGAAAAGCAAUCUGGUAAUAGUAAUGACAACCAUCUGAAAGAAGCAUCCAGGAGAUGUGAAGACGUAACUGGUAACUUCUUAUACUAUCCCACAGCGAUGGAUUUUCAACAAAACAAUCUCGAACAUUUUCAGACGCACUGGAGCAAAGGGCAUCCUGUUAUAGUUCGUAGUGUGUUAAAGGGAGGCUCAAGCCUUAACUGGGAUCCAGUAGCCAUGUUCUGUAACUAUCUUAGGAACAGCAAUAGAAAAACCGGUAAUACAACUGAUUGCAUGGAUUGGUUUGAGGUAGAAAUGGGGGUAAAGCAAGUUUUUUUGGGCUCUUUGAGAGGGAAGGCUGAGACUAAUACUUGUCAAGAGAGGAUGAAGCUGGAUGGAUGGCUUUCAUCUUCUCUGUUUAAAGAACAGUUCCCAAAUCAUCAUGCUGAAAUACUGAGAAUAUUACCACUUCCUCAUUACAUGGAUCCAAGGUGUGGUCUACUAAAUGUGGCUGCCGAUCUACCUGACAGUAUCCAGACACCCAAGCUAGGUCCAUGCCUCCGUAUUUCCUACAGGAGUGGUGAAGAUGCAAAGCCUGAUUAUGUGAAGAAGCUUGGUUUUGAAACUUGUGACACGGUUGAUAUCUUGUUGCAUGUCACAGAAACACUAGUGUGCACAAAACAAAUCUGCAGAAUAAGAAAGCUAAUGAGAAAUAUCGGAAGAGUAAGAUCUAAAAACCCAGAAAAGGGAAAGCAGAGCAAAUUUGGUAGGGGAAAGAAACAAGACAGGAAUGACGCUUCAUAUGCUCAGAGGGAUUGCUCGGACGACUAUUCUAGUUCUGACUCAGAAUCUUCUCAACUCUGUUUAGGCAGUGAGUUUCAGGCAGAGGAAAGAGAAAGUUCCAAUGACUCCUGUGUAGAAGAAAGCCUAAGCAACUCCUGUGGUGCCCAAUGGGAUGUAUUCCAGACGCAAGAUGUUUCUAAACUUCUUGAGUAUAUGAACAACCACUAUCUCGAGCUAGCACCCAUGGAUUCAACCAAAACAAAAGCGAGUCAUCCAUUGCUUGAGCAGAGUUACUAUCUUGAUGAGUAUCACAAAGAAAGGCUUAAGAAAGAGUUUGACGUUGAACCAUGGAGUUUUGAUCAAUGUGUUGGGGAAGCAGUCAUCGUCCCUGCUGGAUGUCCAUACCAAAAUAGAAAGAAUAAGUCUUGCGUAAAUGCAGUCCUGAAUUUCCUUUCACCUGAGCACGUUGCUGAAUCUAUCAAACGAGUGGACGAGCUUAAUCAACUUCCUCAGAGCGUCAAAACGAAAGCAAACAAGAUUGAGGUGAAGAAAAUGGCGAUCCAUAAAGUCAGCGAAGCUAUAAAGGAAAUCCGGGAGCGCACAUCUUCAGAUUCAAAGGCUGCAUAUAGAUUAUAACUAGAACUAGAGGUACCAAUCUUGAUUCUUGACCAUUGAGAAUUACACCAUUCUUUGCGGUAAGAUUCAGCUGUUGAGUUACAGUUUCAAGGACUAGCAGUGUGUAAAAAAUAUAGAAAUAAACAAAUAAGAACACAGAGAAGCAAAAGAGAAUUCAUUUGUCAUUUAGAUUGUUGCCUGGUGAUGAAUAAUAAAGAAGCAUUGAUUUUUAA